UGCCCCUUGGCCGUUCAUCUCAAGUAUAAAUUGGAUUGUGACCUGGCUCAUCCACAGUGCUUUAGUGACCACCAACGGCAUAAUCAUGAACUCUUUGAUAGUCUUCGUGACGAUACUUGGCUGCGUGUUGGCCCAAAGAGGUGCCUACAGACAGCCCCAGCCAGGCCAGCCCAUCGCAAUCCUCCGACAAUCGCAGGAUGUGAACUUCGAUGGUUCGUACCAAUGGAGUUACGAAACCGAAAACGGCAUUGCCGCUCAAGAACAAGGUGUGUUGAAAAAUGCCAAUAGUCCCGAACCCGCCGAAGAGGCUCAAGGUUCCUUCAGCUACACUGCCCCUGACGGAACCCCCAUUUCCGUCCAGUACGUCGCCAACGAGAACGGGUUCCAGCCUCAAGGUGCACAUUUGCCAGUCCCUCCACCAAUCCCACCACAGAUCCAAAGGGCUUUGGAGUGGAUUGCCGCCCAUCCAGAAUCCGAGCAACAAAGAGGAGGAGGAGGAUUUAGGAGACAAUAAGCUGGACAAUAGGCCGACUGUAACUCUGUGGCUGCCUUUGUAUCAUAUUUAUUACUAUGACGUGUGAUUUAUUAUAUUAUAACGGAUUAAGAUUCGAUUGCGGAUUAUGCAAGGCAAUAAAUUGUUAAAUUAACAGAAA